UCCCCGGCGCGCGGCUGCCCUGCGCCGUCGGAGCGGACGGAACUGGGAACUGGGCCUGCGUUUGGGAAUCCUCCAGUGCCCUCUCCGGGUCUGCGGGCAAUCAUCAGACUGACCGGCGGCAAGACGUCUGGCUUCCACCCCUCAACAGAAACGAUUCUUGUGCUAGCUGAUGAAAAUGGGCCCAUUAGGUGCAGAGGCUGAUGAGAACCAGACAGUGGAAGAAAUGAAAGUGGAUCAGUUCGGUCCAGGACACACCAUUCCAACAGGGGAGCUGGCCCCUGACUCUGAACCAGAGCUUAUAGACAGCACCAAGCUGAUUGAGGUGCAAGUUGUCCUUAUAUUGGCCUACUGCUCCAUCAUCUUACUUGGGGUGAUUGGCAAUUCCUUGGUGAUCCAUGUGGUGAUCAAAUUCAAGAGCAUGCGUACAGUAACCAACUUCUUUAUUGCUAAUCUGGCUGUGGCGGAUCUUCUGGUGAAUACCCUGUGCUUGCCAUUUACACUUACCUACACCUUGAUGGGGGAGUGGAAAAUGGGUCCUGUCCUCUGCCACUUGGUGCCAUAUGCCCAGGGCCUGGCCGUCCAAGUGUCCACCAUCACCUUGACGGUGAUUGCCCUGGACCGGCAUCGUUGCAUCGUCUACCACCUCGAGAGCAAGAUUUCCAAGCAAAUCAGCUUCUUGAUUAUUGGCUUGGCUUGGGGUGUCAGCGCCCUGCUAGCAAGCCCCCUGGCCAUCUUCCGGGAGUACUCGCUGAUUGAGAUCAUUCCUGACUUUGAGAUUGUGGCCUGUACUGAGAAGUGGCCUGAAGAGGAGAAGGGCAUCUAUGGCACUGUUUACAGUCUGUCCUCCUUACUAAUCCUGUAUGUUUUGCCUCUGGGCAUCAUCUCUUUUUCCUACACUCGUAUUUGGAGUAAACUUAAGAACCAUGUCAGUCCUGGGGCUGCUCAUGACCAGUACCAUCAGCGGAGGCAAAAAACCACCAAAAUGCUGGUGUGUGUGGUGGUGGUGUUUGCGGUCAGCUGGUUGCCCCUCCAUGCCUUCCAACUUGCUGUUGACAUUGACAGCCACGUCUUGGACCUGAAGGAAUAUAAACUCAUCUUCACUGUGUUCCACAUCAUUGCCAUGUGCUCCACCUUUGCCAAUCCCCUCCUCUACGGUUGGAUGAACAGCAACUAUAGAAAGGCUUUCCUCUCCGCAUUCCGCUNCAA